AAAGCACCGCCCAGUCCUCUGACGGCCCGAGCGCGUCGCCAUAGUACCGGCGACGAGAGGAGGACCACGGUGGAGAAAAUGGCUGGGCGCCUGUGGGGGACGGCGGAGACUUGGGCGAGGACAGGGAUGGUCGGAAACCCCAGGGGGCCGCCAGCAACCACCGCCGUGCCCUCGCGCCGUGUAACCGUAUCUCGGACUGGCACCAUUUUGCCUAAGCCUGUCAAAAUGCCCUUUGGUCUUCUCCGUGUAUUUGCUGUUGUAAUUCCCUUCCUCUAUGUUGGGACCCAGAUCAGCAAGAGUUUUGCAGCCUUGCUUGAGGAACAUGAUAUCUUUGUACCAGAGGAUGAUGAUGAUGAUGAUUAAUAGGGUUACAGUGUGGGAAUAUGGUGGAGAAACGAACAAUGUAUGCUGACAAAUCCAGUGCAUAAUCAUGGCAAUCUCUUUAGUUUAUAAAGAAUAUACAGUAUUUUGGGGCAGGUGGAUUUUCAUCAUACUAAAGAAUUCUGUGUGUAUAUCUAAAUGGGAAUGACUAUACCCAUGGACAUGCAUAUGUAUUUGUUAGGUAAACAAUCAUUGUAUGCUGCAUAUUACAUUUUCUGCAGAAGUCCUAGGGAAUUAAUGAGUAUCAUCAAAUGGUUCAGAUUACAAUUAAAGAGUGACAGAGCUAGAA